AUUGUAUCGAUUACAACAAAAAGAUUACAUACGCAAAAUGUCGAAAUUAAUUUCUUACGCAGCUAAAAGUCCUUUGCGUAAUAUACGCCUUGGUGCAACUCAAAUAAUCUGUCAGCAUGCAUCCACAGACUGCAUGCACAUGGCUGCGUCGGCAUCGGCGUCUUCGUCGGCACGUAAAACAUAUUCAACACUUGCUGUUGAUCUUACAAAACAACAGAUGCUCCUACGGAAGCCAUUGGAAACAUUGGCACUACAGAUAACGAAGCGCAGCAUGUUCAUUCAGACGCAGGACACACCGAAUCCAGACAGCUUAAAGUUCUUGCCCGGAGUUGAGGUGCUUGGCAAAGGGAAUACUUACGACUUUCCCAGUGCCACAGCGGCGCAUUGCAGUCCGUUGGCUAAAUUAUUGUUUCGCGUGGAAGGCGUACGUGCUGUGUUCUUUGGCUCCGAUUUCAUUACCAUAUCCAAAGAGGAAAAUGGAGAAUGGGGUCUGAUAAAGCCGGAAGUGUUUGCCGUCAUUAUGGAUUUCUUUGCCAGCGGUUUGCCCAUACUACACGAGGCGCGGCCAAAUGCAGAUACAGAAAUUUUGGAGGACGAUGAUGAGACUGUCAUGAUGAUAAAAGAAUUAUUGGAUACACGCAUCCGGCCAACAGUGCAAGAGGAUGGCGGCGAUAUUGUUUUCAUUAGUUACGAGAAAGGCGUCGUUAAGUUGAAGAUGCAGGGCUCUUGCUCAUCGUGCCCCAGUUCUAUUGUCACCCUAAAGAAUGGUGUGCAGAACAUGCUACAAUUCUAUAUACCAGAAGUUGAGUCCGUGGAACAGGUCUUUGAUGAGGUGGACAAAGUGGCAAAUAGUGAAUUUGAGCGUUUCGAAAAAAGCUUAAAGCAAAAAGACUCGGCUAAUCCGCCUGUCAGCAUUGGUGGUACUCAAAAUUAGGCUUGUUAUAACUGUGUUUUUCCGAUUACAUUACGUUACGAAGUUUAGUAAGUUUACAACUAUAUAUGUAUGUAUAUUUGAAUAAUCUACAGCUUUAAAAAUCA